UGCCUCCCUGAGUAUCCCCUCCCCCUAUGAACAUCAGCAGAGACUGCUUUUUAAUGCCAAUUGGGGGGACCAACGGGCUAUCUCUAGGUGGCAGGCGCCAAGCAUGCCCAGGAAGUGGGCUGCGAUCUGCUUGCUGAUCGUGGUGGUCUUUGGGGAUCGGAGGCGGGAGCUGCGAGAAGUGGCGACCGCUAGCUCAUCUUCCACGGCAUUUAAGCCGAGGAGAGGGAGCUCAGAGGGCGACUCAAGGCGAACAGCUCCGGGUGCGGCCAAUUGGGGGAAGGGUUAUCUGCUGCCAUCGCCGGAACAACUGAUCUGUUGCUGGGCACGUGGAGACAAGAACAAGGUGAGGCGAAAGCCGAAGACGAAGAGCAUCAGGCACAGGGUUUUCCAGUCUGUGUCUACGAUGGCGGCGAUGGUGGUCCUGCUGUUGCUGGGGCUUCUCCAGUUUGCCGUUCCUGGACUUGCUCAAAUUCCGCCAUCCGGUACGGUAAAGAUCGAGAACAUCACCUACGCGGGCUCUGGCUGUCCGCCUGGAAGUACCUCGAGCCUUCUCUCCCUCGACGGACAAGCGGUCAAUAUAAAGUUCAGCGAGUACAGAGCGUUCACCCCAGGAAGUCCAGAUGACCGGCGCAAAAACUGCCAAGUGGCCAUCAACCUGAGAUUUCCUACAGGGUUCACGUUUACUCUGCGGGAUGUGACAUUCCGAGGGUACGGCCAGUUCGAUGAAGGCGUCAGGGGCUCACUGGCAACGUCGUACUACUUAUCAGGUAUUCCAGGGACAGUCAGAGUCUUGAGGGACCUGCCUCCUCCCGUGGCAGACAACUUCAAUUUUACCGAUGAGUUCUCAUCCUUUCUCUAUGCCCAGUGUGACGGUACGGUGAUGAUCAAUGUCAAUUCCGAGGCAAGAGUGGUGCCUCCACCCCCGCCGAAUAAUACGUACGUUGGCUUGAUCACCGUCGAUUCUCAGGAUCUGUCGCUCACCCAGACUCUUGGUCUGAGCUGGCGGAGUUGCCCUUAGGAUCUGACGCUCACCCAGACUUUUGGUCUGAGCUGGCGGAGUUGCUAAGGGCGUAUACUCGUACCAAAGCUUUUCUGGAGCAUCUGGCGGCAUAUGCAGCCAGAUCCAGUUCAGGGAAGUAGCGUGAGCAUGAGCAUGCCCUAAGGUGAUUUUCUUCAGGCGUAAAGAACAGGGUAUCAGCAAGCUACUGGGAGAGGAGCAGAAUGAGAGACCGCGAGGGCAUCAAUUUGGAGAUUAUUGGAUUAAUCUAUCGGUCCGCAGCUGCAUUGUCAGGGGGGCGCCGUCAGCUAAGAAAGGGAGACAUCACUGACACAGGCGAUCGGACGUUUGUCCAACUGUACUUCGCUGAUGGAGCUCAAUAAGAAGCCUACCCUCUUCAGCCGAAUAAAACGCCCGCUCAUCAUCGCUGCAUCUGGACUGAAAGUUGUGCCAAAUGCAGCUAUAAUGACCGGGCGUUCUAUUCGGGAGAAAACAGGUAGUCAGUUGUGGAGCUGGUCAGUCAAGGACCAUUAUAAUUUUAUAUAGUACGUAUAUAAUGUCUGGCAGGCGAGCGGUUUUGCACGUCCUGUAAUUAUUUCUAAACCUGGAAAAGAAUACGCUGGCAUGUAGCACUUCCGGUGGGGCAGACCCCAAACCCAGUGCG